AAACAUUUUAAGUAGCGUGAUAUUCGCAGUUGUUUGGAGAAUCAUCACUAUCACUUAAUUCAUAGGAGCACAGUACCUUAGGUUAAUGUCCGUUUUUAUAAGCAAGAGACUGAAAACCUUGUGUAAUGAGGUCACUAACUUCGACUGGAAUCAUUCAGCUUCUCUUCUCGCUGUCACAUCGAUUAGCCAUGCGAGUAACGGCGAUGCUUUUGUUAUCGAUGCAAUGAGCCAGAGCGUUAUCAUGUCUGUUUCAAGACCAUGCACUCCAUCAAAAAUUGCCUGGCAUCCACUGUCUAAUCUGUUAGCCGUUGGGUGGUCCUCUGGCACCCUUUCGUUUUUGCACGUAGCCAGUAAAAAUUGUAUCGACACGGAAAAGCUGUCUUCAUUCGAAGUAACUUGCGUGCUCUGGUCUAAUAAUGGAACCUGCUUGCUUGCGACUGAUGCGGCUGGAUUCGCGUAUCUCUGGCUGCAUACGUCGUUGAGUGACACACAGCCGUUUCCUUAUGCAACAAUAACCCUAGGUUCAAGCUGUAUAUGCGCCAUCCUGUUGACUUUGAGUAGACCCAUUCAAAAUGAUCUGAGCUUGAAUACAACGGACACGAGUGAAUUCAUCGGCACAGGGGAGCAGAUUACGAUCAACUUAAAUUCAACAGAUACACUUCUCGGUUCACCGUCAAAGGCUGAAUCCCCAUGCUUUAUUUUAGGGUGCAAAGACGGACGAGUUCUUAGGAUUUCCGGCGAAACUUCUCAAAGUGGGACCAUUUGCCAAUCUUCUUCUAGUCGACUGAGCACACUAUUUACUUGCGAGGGCAGUAUUCUUCUUAUAAGCUGUCAAUGCGAGAGUGGAAACCUAGCCGCUAUAACAGAUAAAGGAAUACUUUAUCAUUUUCAUAUUGCGUCAACGAACGGCACUGAGUCAAAUGAAUUAGCAAAGGUUAAAUUGGCUGUUGGAACAGUCAAUAAUCCAUCCCUCGUCUGGGCCGGCAAAAGCCUACUCGCUAUGGCUACUGGAGAGCCAUUCGUUCGUUUGUGGGAUGUCGAACAUGCGGACAACUACACAUUGAUUCCCAACAUCGAUAUGGAUAAGUCCGUGAAGGUGACGCACGUAGUGUAUUCCUCAAAGCACCGCCUAACACCGAAGUGCGCUACUUACAUUCUUACACGUCAGCCAUUGUGUGGUAAUCUUGGCGGAGGCGGAUGCGUGGUUGUCCAAACUGGACCCCGUUCUCUAUCCAUGUUUACACCGGAGAGAUCUUACACAGAUGCGUCCAAAAUUGCACCAACUUGUGUCUCCAAAGGACUGGAAACUAAUCCCAUGGCCACACCACAAGCAAACAGUGUACAUGCACCCCAUAGCGCUUCAUCCACCGUAUUUCUGUCCGGUGAUUUACUAAAAGGAAGCCAUUCAAGUACUUCGCUUCAAGAUGACUCUAACUCAGUUCAGUCAGUUCGGGAGCAUGAAGCACAGGUGAAUGACCAAAUCUUGGCCCUUUACUGCACUCAGGAUUACGUCUCCUACUGGAACGGACACCGAAUUUCAACCUUCAGCCAUGUCAAUGGCGGCUGCAUAGCUCAUCAUGCCAGCUUUCCAUGUGAUUUUCGUCUCGUUGGAAUGUUCGAUCAAUCGUUGUUCACUGUGGAACAAUUUAAGCUACACGUUCGGAGUUUGCAGGGCACAGUGAAACAACUGGUUAACUUCACUGAGAAUGAUGGCUCGGUGCUUCUCACAGAUCGCUGUGCCAAUCACCUAGCAUGUUUCACUGAUCAGGGCAAGAUACGAGUGUUCGAUCUGGAUAGACGGUGA